AUGGUGAAGAAUAACGGCGUAAAGGACAAAAAAGACUCGCAAACAGGCUCUGACCCGGCGGGCGCGUGCACGGCAGAGGCGCAAACCUCGGAUGUGGGGGCUCCGGGGGAAUUGUGCCCCAAUGGCUGA